AUAUGCAGGCAACAGCGGCAACACUGUUGGAUUGGAUUUUGUUUUCGUCGUCUGCUACAUUUUGACAUUCUCAUUUUUGACAUAAUUGCUAAUUCAAAACAAGUUUUUUUUUAUCUGCAACUUUGGAAAUGGCGCUAAAACAAACAGAGAAGCUGAAAGAAAAUGUGGAAGAACAACUGGAAAGACUAGUUAAACAACUAGAAGAUUUAGAAAAAUACAGAGAGGAUUUUGAACCUGAAGAAUACCAGGAGACUAAAACUGAAACACUUGAACAAAUGAGGGAAUUCCAGUCUUCCCUAGCAAAACUAGCAGCUGGUGAUUUGUCUUUGACUGAUUACUUUGCAGCCAUUCAAUUGGGAAUACAAGCAGCUCUCAGUCAAGUAUUUAGAACACCAGAAGUCAUUCUCAUGUUUGCCAAAAAGCAACCAGAACAAUUACGACUGAAACUAGCUCAAAUUCAACGAGAUUUGAAGCUAGGAAAACUCUCUAGUCAAGCAGCUCAAACACAGCAGGUUGAAGUACUUGGAGCUUUGAAAGGACUUGGAGAAGUAUUGAGUACAGAAGAAGCCAACAUUCUUGAGAAAACAAAUUCUGCUUCUUUACAGCAAUUCAUUAAAGUGUCAACUGAUCCAGAAUCAAAAAGUAAAUUGCUGGCAUUGGCUGAAAAUUCUCUUAGCCUUCAGUGAAAAGACAGUAAAAAUCAAAUAAAUGGAUGAAGGAUCUAUGAAAAAUGUCUCCUGCUUAUAAAAAUCCUAUCUUUUUACUACAUUCAAACUGGUUAAUUGGCAAAUCGUGUACCGCAAUUUUAUCCAGAUGAAGAAUGAGGAUAUCUAAAUGUUUGAAAUUUUGCAUUGCUCAGUUUUUUCGCUAUGACCGAUUCUGGUAAAUCAUGUUUAAUAAAAAAAAAAAUAAUAAUCAAAA